AAUCACUCUCUCUCUUCCUUCUUCCCCGCUCACUGUAGUCUCUUCUCUCUCUCUCUCUCUCUCUCUCUCUAAGGAUGUCUUCGACAACAAUCGGCGAGCACAUCAGACUCCGACGAGCUAGGAACCAAACAAUCCGUCACCUGGAGGCCGCCGAAGAUGAUCCGCCGCUGAGCCACGUCGUGCUUCCCAUUUCUCAGCCUAAUAGCUUUUGUAACUCCGCAGUGUCUUCCUUCUUUCUCCUCCCGACGUCCUCCUCCUCCAACGAACCAACCAAGAAGAAACCGUACCAAACGGCGUCGUUUCGAGGGAUGGGUUGCACUGCCGCUGCAACAGCUCGGGAGGUUUCUGUUCCUUCCGUGAUUCGCUCCUCCGCUGAUUGGGAUGCCAGAAUUAGAAAUGAUAAGAAGAAGAAGCAGAAGAAGAAGAGCAAGACGAAUAAAGGAAGCUAUGAAGAUGGUUCAAUUAGGAUUUUAAGCGAGACUACAAGAGACGUUGAUGGUGGUGGUUGCGUCGCGAUUCCUGAUGUUUGGUGCGGACCAGGAAUAGGAUUCUCGACUGAUGCUGUUGUUGAUCGAUCCGUCCAUCCUCCUCGGAGAAGGACUCUUCCGUCGUCUCGUCGCAAAAUUGAUGUGGAUAACAACAAUUCUAAUCACACUAUUGAGGGUUCUUCUGUUCUUCCCAGGCGGUUUCUCAAUCAAGAAUCUCAUUCUCAUGCAUCAUCACGCGCUGAACCAACAUUGUUAUCAAGUAGAUGUCGUAGCCACCUUCGACAGUCUUACCCUGAUGAUCUUACCGAGAUGAUGAUGCUCCAGAAUGGUUUUGUAAUGGGAAGAAUAACAGAUUUGCGUGAUCACUUCCACGAAUUGAGGCUCGAUGUUGAUAGCAUGUCAUAUGAGCAACUUCUUGAGCUUGGUGAUAGGAUUGGUUAUGUGAAUACUGGACUUAAAGAAAGUGAGAUACAUCGUUGUCUUGGGAAAAUUAAACCCUCUACAUCACAUACUCUUGCUGACAGAAAAUGCAGCAUCUGUCAGGAUGAGUAUGAGAGAGAGGAUGAGGUUGGAAAACUGAACUGUGAACACAGCUUUCAUGUCCAUUGCGUGAAACAAUGGCUAGCGAGGAAGAAUGCUUGUCCUGUCUGUAAGAAGACAGCAUACUUCAAGCCUUGAGAGUUAAGAGACUUGUUGUAUCUCGCAUGGUUUAUGAUACCUCAAGAUCUUUCAUUUAAGCUUUCUCGCUGUAUAGAUCUGAAUCAUCUGCUAGUCCUCUAUUCGUAAUUGUUGUUUUUGGAUUUAGAAAUCACAAUUGUGCUUCUAAAUCUUAUUUUAUUUUGUGGAGUCUAUUUUAUGUGAUUGAAAUACUAUUUUUACAACACUUGUAAGAAGAACAAGAGUUUGAAAUCUAUGUAAGUCUCUAUUUUGUAGUCUUGAU